AUGUGCAAUAAUCAAGAAGAACACUUAACCGAAGAAUUUCGACAACCCCCAACUCCGAACCUCCAAAUGCAAGCAUUGUUAGGGGAGAUGAGGCGUAUGUUGAGGGCUGAAUUAGAACCUAUUCAAGAGAGGUUGGACAGGGUAGAAGCGGGAACUCGUAGGAGACAGCCACAAGACAUCCACAAUAAUGGACGUGGUCCGUGGCGGAAUGUUGAGGAAGAGGUGGAGUCGGAGGAGUUUGAUGAGCCAUAUAUGAACCGGGGCAGGUUUGAACGUGGGUAUGGAAAUAGAGAAGCUAGGAUGGGUAGACCUAGGAGGGAUAAUGAUUUAGGAAACAUAAAAAUUAAAAUCCCAUCUUUUCAAGGUAAAAAUGAUCCUGAAGCUUAUUUGGAGUGGGAAACUAAAAUGGAGAUGGUGUUUGAUUGUCACAACUACUCGGAGAUAAAGCAGGUUAAGUUGGCUGCAAUUGAAUUCACCGAUUAUGCCAUUGUUUGGUGGGAUCAAUUACUGAUUAAUAGGAGGAGGAAUAGAGAGCCACCUGUGGACACUUAGGAGGAGAUGAAAAUGCUUAUGAGGAAGCGUUUUGUACUCAGCCACUAUUAUAGGGGAUUGUAUCAAAAGUUGCAGAGGCUAAUUCAAGGCUCCAAGAGCGUGGAUGAGUAUUACAAGGAGAUGGAGGUAGCUAUGAUCCGGGCUAACGUAGAAGAGGACCGAGAAGCCACCAUGGCUAGGUUUUUGCACGGUUUAAAUCGUGAGAUUGCGGAUAUAGUCGAGUUGCAACAUUAUGUUGAGUUGACAGAUAUGGUGCAUCAAGCCAUAAAGGUGGAGGAACAACUCAAACGGAAGGGAAUGGCUAGGAGGGGACAACCUAUGGCUACCACCAGCCCAUGGAAGGCAGCUCCAAGGAGAGAUGAGCAGCUGCAAAAUAAGCCAAAAUUUGAACCCUCAAAGAAUGUCAAACCAACGCCUGCCACUACUUUAGGUAACACCGAGACUUCUACUUCUAAAACACGUGAUAUUAAGUGUUUUAAAUGUCAGGGGCGGGGACACAUAGCCAGCCAGUGUGUAAACAAAAGGGUGAUGAUGAUAAACGCCCAAGGAGAGCUUGAGUCGGAGGAUGAGGAAGAAGUAGAUGAUGAUGACAUGCCACAUUUAGAAUAUGCCGAUGAUGAGCAAAAUGCUGUGGUUGGAGAUUUAUUAGUAGCAAGGCGCAUUCUCAAUAUGCAGCAGGUCAAGGAGGAGGAAAUUAACCAAAGGGAGAACUUGUUUCAUACGCGGUGCUUUGUCAAUAACAAAGUUUGCAAUGUCAUUAUCGAUGGAGGGAGUUGUACAAAUGUAGCCAGCACUUAUUUGGUGGAGAAACUAGCCUUAACCACCUUAAAACAUCCUCAUCCUUACCGGCUUCAGUGGCUGAAUGAUUGUGGGGAAAUCAAGGUGACAAGGCAAGUGUUGGUGGCAUUAUCCAUUGGCAAAUAUGAGGAUAAGGUGCUUUGUGAUUUGGUUCCUAUGCAUGCAUGCCAUUUAUUGUUGGGAAGACCAUGGCAGUAUGAUCUGAGGGUUACACAUGAUGGAUUCACAAAUAGGUACUCUUUCACUCUUAAAAAGCAACCUAUUACUCUUGUGCCAUUAACUCCAAAACAGGUCAUGGAGGACCAACUAAAAUUACAAAGAUCAAAUGAAAAAAAGAAAGAAUAAGGAAGGAAGGCUGAAAUUGAAAACAAAGAGUUUAAAAAAAAAAGAAAGAGAGAAAAAUAUUGAUCAGAGUGAAAAAGAAAGAGAGAAGAUUUCAGCCA